GAUUGAAUGGCCUAUGGGAAAGCAAAGCGGCAGAUAUGAAAUGGCGACGGAACUGACUGGGAGAAAAGGUGCAGCUGGGCAAACGUAUAGUGAUGCCAUUUGCAGUUUUGUUAUCUGCAAUGAGUCUUCCUUUCAGCGGCAUCAGAUCAUCUUUAAUCCAGACUUCUUUGUGGAGAAGCUGAGACAUGAGAAACCUGAGGCAUUCACAGAACUUGUGGUCAGCAACAUUACCCGAUUGAUUGACUUGCCUGGAGCAGAACUUGCUCAACUGAUGGGUGAGGAAGAGCCCCAGUUGCCUGGUGGGCCUAGCAUUUCCUCAGGUUUUUUCCGGUCCUUGAUGUCUCUUAAACGCAAAGAGAAAGGAGUGGUAUUUGGAACACCAUUGACUGAAGAAGGCAUUGCUCAAAUAUCUCAACUCAUUGAGUAUUUGCAUAAAAAUCUGCGGACAGAAGGCUUGUUCCGAGUGCCAGGAAACAGUACCAGGCAACAGAACCUGAAAGAAGCUUUGAAUAGCGGAACAGAAAUUGACCUGGAUUCAGGCGAGUUUCAUUCCAAUGAUGUGGCCACUUUGUUGAAGAUGUUCCUGGGAGAAUUACCAGAGCCUUUGCUGACUCACAAACAUUUCCAUGCACACCUUAAAAUUUCAGACCUGAUGCAGUUUGAUGACAAGGGCAACAAGACCAUUAUUCCAGAUAAAGAGCGUCAAAUUGAAGCACUGCAAUUGCUCUUCUUGAUCUUACCAGCUGCCAAUCGCAAUCUGCUCAAAUUGCUAUUGGAUCUGCUCUAUCAAACAGCCAAGAAACAGGAUAGGAACAAGAUGUCAGCACAUAACCUUGCUCUUAUGUUUUCACCUCAUAUUUUGUGGCCCCGAAAUGUGACUGCCAGCGAUCUGCAGGAAAACAUUAACAAACUGAAUAAUGGAAUGGCUUUCAUGAUCAAGCACUCACAAAAACUCUUCAAAGCUCCAGUAUAUAUCCGGGAAUAUGCCAGGCUACAUUACUUGGAUUCCAGAACUCAUGCCUCAAAGGAUGACCUGGAUUUGCCAAUGCCCCAGAAUUUCAAAGACUUUCAGCUUCUGAAAUUCAAGAAGCGAGGGCUCUUAGAUCCUUCUGCCCACUUGGAAGACACACAGCACCAUACAGAAGAAGCACUGAAAGAGCUUUUCUGCCAUGUUCAUAAUAUGCCAGACUCCGCCAAGAAAAAGAAGCUUAUUCAGCAGUUUCAGAAGCAUCCUGAAGCCCUUACUCCUCAGACAGCUAUAUCCACACAGAUUCAGAAACGUGCCCGAACUCGUUCCUUCAGCGGCCUAAUCAAGCGUAAAGUGCUGGGAAGUCAAGUGAUUUUAGACAAAAAGAAAAACGAUAUUGUUACAGAACCUGCAGGCACUCAGGAUUCAAAGCAUGGCAGCAAGGAGAAUAUCAGCAUGAUACCUGCUUCUUCUCCAGCAAUUAACAUGAUACGAGCUAAGCUGAAAUCUCUUGAACAUAGGAAAGAGGAUGCCUCUAAAAAUACUUGAUUUCAUGGAACUUCAAGAGUAUUGAAGUUGAGCUGAUGGUGUAUAUGCCCAAAGAAAAUUGCAAGCCUUUGAAUAAUACCUGUUCACUCCAAGCUGUGAGCUAAGUGUCAGGACUCCUAGGUGCCUCUAACUUCACUUGCUGGAGCUUACAGCUAUGUGCCUUCCAGAAUAACAAGUCUUUCUCUUUCAUAAGGACAUUUCUGUCUGUCCAUAUGUUGAUGCACUGGAUGAUAUUUGUAGUGUUGCCUCUCUUUAUUGUUGUUACGUAGUAGUAUUAUUGUUGUUACCAACUGUUCACUAUUUUGACAACUGUUGGAGACUUGGUUUGCAUCCUCCACCUAUGCUCAUGUUUACUGGUGAAGCUUGUUUUUAGCAGGGCUGUGGUUUUUUUUAAUAAUCUGGCAGUUCCCAUUAGCAUCCACCAUAGUUAAUUCUUAUUUGCAGCUACGUUCCUCUUGUGACCUUUGGAAAUGGCAAUUCUGUGGGAGAUAGUUAAAUGUAAUACUCCUCUUCCAAUCCUGGAAGACCAGAAUUGGAAAAGGAGUCUUACAUUUAACUAUCUCCCACAGGUUGCUGGGGCCACUCUCACACCAAUUUUUCAAUCCCUGAGCUAUCUUCUCCACAAAAAUGUGGAGAAAUUGUGCUGUGCACAAUCUCCAGAAAGUGCCUCACUAACAAAAUAUAACAGGUCUCUUGAUUUGAAUUCUACUCAGUGUUCUGAAUCAGUUAUAUCUUUCUCCUUUCACAGGACUAGUGACUCUAUUGCUAAAUGUACUUGUCCCGAGAGUGCCAUUCUUAUUUUCUCCUCAGUGCUGAGAAAACAUUUUGGAUGAAGCUCCCCAGCACCACCAUUAUAUCUCAAUUGUUUGCAAUCCAGGCUCUGACUCACAUUUUUCAGGCAGGGCCAAGGAGCUGACAGUUUAAUGACUAACAAUCUACUGGAAGAAUACUAAAAGGCAGAAGAGCUUGUUAAUGUGGAAGGCAGCUGACUUGCUCACUGGGAAGGCGGGGAGGCUGUCAAAUUACUAAAAGAAAUGUUUCCUUUUUCUUUUGUCAAUAACAGACAAACACAUGUGGGAGGAGGAUGCACUGAUACAGCAGUGCUGCUGUUUGAGUAAAAAAAAUAUAUAAAAGACUACAGCAAUAUUGCAGCUGCUUGAAACUGCUAAGUUUCUCCCUGCUCUUGAAGAAUCAGGAAUCAGCACUAAGCUAGAUGAACACUUUUGCCAUCUUACCAGAAAACACAUUGCUGUCAGAAAGCUUUGUAACAUGACUUUCAUUACCCCCCCCCCCCCAAAGAAAAGCAUAUGUGUUGUCUUUUGUUUCAUGCUGAGGUUUUAUUUUGUUUUUAAAUUUCAGUAAGUUAUUUUUUCCCAAAAAGUGAAGCGGUAUGCAACAAAGUCUGGUUUGAUUUUUAGGAUUGGGUGUCUAGUUGGGUUCCUUAAAUAUAAGGACUGAUAUUUUCUCUUUUAAAGGGGUAGGCUUCUAAAUCUGAUAUAUACCAGGUUUUCUCUAGCAGGCUAAAAAUACAAUACCCACAAAUCUACUUGUCAGUAAUUUGAGCCAAACAAUAAAAUGGUUGCUAACAUUGUGAGUUCAUAGUUAAGGCUGAAAUUACGCAAAAACAACUGAAACAUUAGAGAGGAACUCUCUUUAAGUUCUCAUUCUUACCUUAACUUGGUCAUGUUUUACUACACUGAGAAGAAUCUGACAAAAAGAUAUCAAAAAAUCCGUCCAAAUCUUGAAAGCAAAGUUUUCUUGUGCACCAUGGACAAAUCACUCUCAUAUUUUAUGUAAUACCAAGCCAUUAUUUGGUAUUUGUAUUCUUAUACUUAACUAUAAUCUUUCUUAUGCGCUCUUUGCAAAUGAGUGAUUACAUUGUGGCAAACCAUUUUUUUUUAAUUAUUUGCUAUUCAGACUGGCAAAGUCUAGUUGGUAUCUUCUCCUCCAUAUCAGAAUUGCAAACUCUUGGAGGGAAAAAUGCAAACUAUACCUCAUUAGUUCAGAUAUAACUGUAAAGUGUAGUCCUGUACAAGCCAUGAAAUAACUAAGCGUGCUGUGCAGGAGGAGAAAGUGAAUGUGCAGUUUAUUAGUGAUAUGUGAACUGCUCUGUCACAUGCAAGGAAUUCACUGUUUGACACUGCCCGAAAAAGCAUUGCCUAAAUGCUUAAAAUAUUAAGCUCAUUUGUAAUUCAGAUCUUUAAUCUUAGAAUGGGCAAUUCUAGAACAUAGCUAGAAUAAUUGCCUCCAAGAACUGUUACAUUUUAUUCUAAACUUCAUCUGUGCUAUGGAGAACUUUUCACUUACCAAUGCAAUGCAAUAUUGUAAAUAAUACUUUUUUUAAUGUUGCCCUAUCUGUUAAUGUGAAAUUUCUACAUUAAAUAAUUCUUCGCGUUGGACCCUUGUUAACAAAUUUCUCCAUUUUUGUGUCUUCAGUUUUGGUUUGGUUUGUAACACCAAAUGGGGGGUUUAUAACACAUAAACAUUGACUUUUUAAAGGUUAUGCUUCUGGAACUGAAUUUCCAAACAGAAAAUUUCUAAUUAUUAAAAGCCGUUGUUUUUCCAGUGUAAAGUAUGUGCAACUGAACAUUCGGCUUUCAAGAAAGAUAUAUUCUAAUGGAAGAUAAUAUCCGUAAUUCAGAUUUGAACUGUGGAAUUCUUGGUGUUCUGUAAGCUUGAUUGUUUGUAAAUAUUUAAUUACCUAACUAGGUAAAAUCAGUGCCACUCAGAGAGCAUCUGAGAGCAACUAUUGGAUUGUAUAUUACCUUAUUUGUGGAUAGAUGUGUGUCAAAUUGUAUUAUAGAUUGCAUUCAUGUUCUUGAAAAUGACCUGUCUCAAAUGAAUUUCAUCUUAUGUUAAAAAAAUCUGAUUUAAUCAAUUUCAGGUUAAAAAUUGUUAAUUUGCUCAGAAAAAAGGUGCAGUGCAUAUGCCUCAGAAAUAUGUCUCAACUUUUUUUCUUGUAUUAUCCUGAUCUAAAUAAAAUAAAGUAUUUUUUUUUACAAAUGGUGAGGUGAGAGGAAGAGAAUAAUAUAGAUUCCAUCAAUCUUUAAUUCCAAUUAGAAUGGUCAGUAUACCAUUCCAG